CGCGCGCGGCCGGACGCGCGCUCCAUUCGACCCGCAGUCUUUAUCAGUCGGCGCGUGUCUGAAGCGUCUCCAGCAGGCAUGUCGGGCUCAGCGACCCCCCCGCCGCCGCCGCCGGAGCUCGUAGGAGCCGACGGCUGUUUCCCCCCGGAUACAAGCCGUUCAAACCGAGGAACACGGCCUGGAGCGCGGCUUCCGUCUCACGGCGUUCUCGGACCUGAAAGGAUGAGGCUGCAAGGUCCCGCAGGAGGCUCUGCUCAAACUCCUGGCGGGACUGGAGGCGGACCGGGCCGACGGGACCGGGAAGGCCGGAGACCAAGCGUUAGACUUCGGCCAACAGCUGCCCGGCCCUCGACUCGGCGUGGGGAUGGACUGCUGCGUGAUCCCACUCCGGCAUGGGGGGCUCUCCCUGGUCCAGACCACAGACUUCUUCUACCCGCUGGUGGAGGAUCCCUACAUGAUGGGAAGGAUAGCGUGCGCUAACGUCCUCAGUGAUCUCUACGCCAUGGGCAUCACGGAGUGCGACAACAUGCUGAUGCUGCUGAGCGUCAGCCAGAAGAUGAACGACAAGGACCGGGAGCGGGUGAUGCCGCUGAUCAUUCAAGGCUUUCGUGAUGCAGCAGAGGAGGGGGGGACGUCUGUGACGGGUGGCCAGACGGUGAUCAACCCCUGGAUCAUCGUAGGCGGAGUAGCAUCCGUCGUCUGCCAGCCGAACGAGUUCAUCAUGCCGGACGGGGCGGUGCCCGGGGACGUCUUGGUUCUGACCAAACCUCUGGGGACGCAGGUGGCUGUGAAUGCUCACCAGUGGCUCGAUCAGACUGAAAGGUGGAACAAGAUCAAGCUGGUCGUCACAAAAGAGGAAGUCAAGGAGGCCUAUCAGGAAGCCAUGUUCUCCAUGGCAACGCUCAACCGCACAGCUGCAGGCCUAAUGCACAAGUUCCAGGCUCACGCUGCCACGGACGUGACGGGUUUCGGGUUGCUGGGACACGCAAACAACCUGGCAGCACAGCAGCGAGACGAGGUGGCCUUCGUGAUCCACAACCUGCCAAUCAUAGCCAAGAUGGCUGCCAUCAGUAAAGCCUGUGGGAACCUGUUCAACCUGAUCCAGGGCACGUCCGCAGAGACUUCUGGCGGGCUGCUGGUGUGUCUUCCCAGAGAGCAGGCGGCCAAGUUCUGCUCGGAGAUGAAGAGCCAGAGCUCGGCAGCUGGAGGUCAAGGGGCGGCGGGUGGCGCGUGGAUAAUCGGAAUCGUAGAGAAAGGCGACCGCCGCGCUCGCAUCAUCGACAAGCCCCGCAUCAUCGAGGUCCCUGCACGGGGAAGCCAGACCGCCAAUCAGGAGAACAACUCGGCCAGCCCCAGCCCCAACCUCUCAUAGUGUGUGUGUGUGUGUGUGUGUGUGUGUGUGUGUGUGUGUGUGUGUGUGUGUCUGUGUGUGUGUGCACGUACACACGCACUGCUGUGAUUCUCAUCCAGUCAAAACACUGAAAGCACACCGACCAAAUUCCCUGCCGUCUUUCCCGGCAGGGCUGCACAGCGAUGUGGGCCUGCUUGUCUCCAGUUGGGAAUGGGUGUGCUGUGGUGCCACCAGUUUUAUACAAAUCAGCUUUUACUAGACCAACCUUUAUUUUUUCCUUCUGUAAUCUUAAAUUACUUCAGUUUCUACAGAGUAAACAUUCCAUAUCCUUCUUGCCCGUGAAUAAUGAAUAAUUGGGUGUAAAUGUGUGUGUUUGGCAUCAUCGGACUGUGCUGCUUUGCGGUGGUUUGUUUUUUGUUUUUCUCCAAGUGGAUGUGAUGAUGAUAAUGGUCAUUCAUGUCCGUGAAUGUAGCGGCUCCUGGCUCCGCCCACGCGGCCCGGAGGACGGCCUGAGCAGCUUCCUCUGGGCCUGCUGGGUGCUUCAGAAUGCCUGUCUGUCAGCUGAUUGGCUGACCAGCACCAAGCCCCUCCCCCUUCCCUGUUAUGAAGCUCUGCCUUUAAACCCCAGCCAACGGGGCCGGUGGAGUGGAUGUUUGCCUUCGGAUUGGGUCGGGCUCAGGCUGCUGGAGGUCUACAGCUGUAUGUUGGUGUGUUUCCUGUUUUUCACAAUCAAUAAAACCAUCAACUCACACGCGUA